GACGGCACUGGACUGCUCUAAGCUUUAAUUUCUUCUUCAGUUAAAUGGGGAAAUUGGGGCUGAUUUCAGCUGUUGAAAUUGAUUGUUGAAAUACUGAGAUAUUUCCAGAUUUGGAUGGUAGAAGUCCACGACCCUGAGUGGCCCCCAAGUCAUCCCGAGCCUCCACCCUCACAGAUACCCACCAUGUUCCAGCCACGAAGGGGGACUCCAGGCUGGCAGAGCCCCCAGGACACUGCUCCCACAAGUGGCAGAUUUGUUCCAGCGGCAUAACCUGGCCUGUGCUGACUGAUGGCCGAGCAUUUGGAACAUCCCUCCUGAAGCCAACGACAGUGGCUUGAAGGACUAAGGCAAGAUUUGGGGAGAUAACAUCUGUGUGGAAUGACCAGGUAGCCUCUUAGUAAUGACAAUAAAAACAUGUCCUUCUAUCCUUCUUUGGCCUUGCUGAGUAGCCUCGGGCCUCUACCACCCCCCCUCAGGACUCAGUUUCCCCCUCUUAAUGCUUGCUAAGGCCCCUUCCUCGCCGGGCGUCCCAGUGGCCAGGAUGGCGGGUGGAGCCUCUAUCUCCUGGGGCCUGUUUGUUCUCCCUCUUCCGGGGCUGCCACCCUAGCCAAGGCCCUGGAAUAAAAGGACGGGGCACCCUCAGCCUGCUUCCUUCUCUGUGGCCUGGAUCAUGCUCCGUCUCAUUCCUGCUCUGGCGCUCCUGGCGGCGCUGGGUGCCCCGGCAGGGACCUCCAGGACAUGUCCAGCCUGCUCUUUGAAGAGAGAAUGCACUGAGAUAGUGUGUCCUUCUGCCCAGGAUUCCUGCUCGUUCAGCCAGAUGUUCCUGGAGAAUGGAGCUCUGAUUGAGAACGGGUCGUGCGUGGCCCCUGGGGAGUGCCGAGAAGGCAUCUAUGCCCUGACAUAUGGCCCCAACUCAAGUCUCUGGGUCAACACAACCUGCUGUGAAAACAACUGCAGCAGGCCCACCAUGCAAGAGGCAGUCUCCGAGGCCCAGCCCAACGCCGUGAGGUGUCACUACUGUUCUGGGGACAAUUUGGCCCCGUGUGACUCCCUUUCAGUCAUCAGCUGCACCGGGAACCAGACCGUGUGUGUCACCCUCAACGGGACGUGGAGUGGAGGUAAGGGCUCAUUGGCACGUGUGUCCUAGUUAUCUACCGCUGUGUAACAAGUCACCUGAAAGCUUAAUGACUCAAAACCACAACCCUCAUUUUAUUAUCUCUUACCUUUUCUGUGGGCUGGAAAUUCAGAAAGAGCUCAGCUGGACACAUCUGGAUCUCUUGGGUGGUUGCGGUUCAAGGGUGGCGGGAGCUGGAAUUGCCAGGGGCUGGCUGAGCAUCCCCCCCCCUCCAUGUAGACUCGGGCCCUUUCUGUGUGGUUUUUCCACAUUGUUUGGUGUUUUGGUU